UUCGAAAAAGAAAACAAAAUACAGGUUGAAAUGAAAAAAAAAAAGCAGUGGGUCCCAAUCAUUUUUAAGAUGACGUGGCAAUAACUCGGUGCAAAAUGGAUGAAAACUGGAGGAUAACGACUGAAGGGGGAACUGAAUCUGAACCGGUGGAGAAGGCAGAAAAAAAAAAGAAAUACAGAGCUGAUUUAGGAAUCUAUAUGUAUUUGAUUUAAAAAAAAAAAACUCACAUUUUCAGCUUGUAAAAUUUUUAAUUUCUUUUAUUUCACUCCCUUUGUCUUCAAAUCGUUGAGAGCUAGAACAGAUUCAAAGUUACAUGAAGCUGAUGUUAUUAACACAUCGUUUUAAGCUUAGAAAUCGAAGAUGAGAAGCGUAAACGACAGCGUCGAGACCGUCAACGCCGCUGCCACAGCCAUCGUCUCCGCUGAGUCAAGGGUCCAGCCUACCACCGUUAAGAAGAAAAGAUGGGGAAGCUGCUGGAGUCUUUACUGGUGUUUUGGAUCUCACAGAAACAGUAAGCGAAUUGGCCAUGCUGUCCUUGUCCCUGAACCAGUGGUGGCUGGAGUUGCAGUCUCAACUGCUCAAAAUGUGAGUAAUUCAACUGGCAUUGUAAUGCCCUUUAUUGCCCCUCCCUCAUCUCCUGCAUCAUUCCUCCAAUCCGAUCCUCCUUCUGCUAUCCAGUCACCAGCUGGAUUGCUAUCCCUAACUUCUCUUUCGGCUAAUGCCUACUCACCCCGUGGACCUGCAUCCAUUUUUGCCAUAGGCCCUUAUGCACAUGAAACCCAGUUAGUAACACCACCGGUGUUCUCUGCCUGGACAACUGAACCAUCCACUGCUCCUUUUACACCCCCUCCUGAAUCUGUUCAAUUGACUACACCUUCAUCCCCUGAAGUACCAUUUGCUCAAUUACUGACAUCUUCAUUGGAGCAUGCUCGGAGAAACAGUGGGAUCAAUAAGAAAUUUGGAUUAUCCCAUUAUGAAUUUCAGUCUUAUCAAAUAUACCCUGGCAGCCCUGGGGGUAAUCUCAUAUCACCUGGGUCUGCAAUCUCAAAUUCUGGCACAUCCUCUCCUUUCCCUGAUAGACGUCCAAUCCUUGAGUUCCGCAUGGGGGAGGCUCCCAAAGUCUUAGGCUUUGAACAUUUUACUACUCGCAAAUGGGGUUCAAGGUUGGGUUCUGGAUCAUUGACGCCUGACGGACUGGGGCAAGGUUCAAGACUGGGUUCUGAAUGUGUGACUCCAGAUGGUAUGGGCUUGGAUUCAAGGUUGGGUUCGGGAUCAUUGACUCCUGAUGGUUUGGGUCCUGCCUCACGAGAAGGUUUUCUUGUGGAGAGUCAGAUUUCUGAGGUAGCAUUGCUUGCUAACCCAGCAAUUGAACCUAAAAAUGAUGAAAUUAUAGUUGAUCACAGAGUCUCUUUUGAGUUGAGUGGCGAAGAUAUUGCACGCUGUCUCGAAAGCAAGUCACUGGUAUCAAGUAGAACCAUGUCAGAAUAUCCAAAGGACUUGGUGGCAGAGGGCAGGAUAGAAAGAGAUCUAACAAUAAAGGAUCAAGAAAGUUCUUGUGAGUUGUUUAUUAGGGAAACUUCCAAUGAAACAGUUGAAAAAGCUUCAGGAGAAGCUCAAGAGGAGCAUUGUUAUCAAAAGCAUCGUUCCGUUACUCUUGGUUCAAUUAAAGAGUUCAUCUUUGACAACACAAAAAGAGAAGCUUCUGAUAAACCCACCAUCAGGUCCGAGUGGUGGGCCAACGAAAAUGUUGUUGGAAAGGAAGCUAGGCCUGGUAACUGGACUUUCUUCCCUAUGUUACAGCCAUAGGUCAGCUGAUUUUGAAACUAUGCAACUUAGUUUCACCUCGAUGCAUAGAUUUACGAUACUAAACCACUAGCCUUUCGGUUGUUUGAUCUGAAGAUUGUACCUACUCAGAGUCACAGCUUCAACAGUCUGGUAUAAUUAGAUGGUGUUGGACUAAAGAGGUCAGAAGAGUCUUUAUUCCUUAUGACAUGAAAGAUGAUCCAAUGAGGGAAUAGUUCAUAGGGAUCAACAGUGUGGGUACUGAUAGGGCAUUUUUUUAAUAUUUCUUUACCUGAUGUUAUACCAAAAAAAUGAAUAAUAUUCACAUAUAGUGUUGUGAUAGGAUUGCUAUUAUUUUCUUUUAAACAUGUAAUAAUAAGAAGGAUGAUUUUUUUCGUCAUGGUAGUAACCUGCAGUUCAUUUGAUGAUUUAUAUGGUUAAUAUCUUGCAUUGGCAUAG